AUGUACUUCACCAAGGCCAUCUUUGCUACUCUCGCAUUCGGCUUUGCCGUCUCUGCCGUCCCCACCGCUGAGAAGCGCCAGACUACCGAAGUCAUUACGUUCUUGACCAACCUCCAGAAUGCCAUCGCCCCCGACUUGGCUUCCUUGAGCGCGCUCGACUCUACGAAUGCCACCGCGGACAACGUUACCCCGAUCGUUAGCAGCAUCACCAGCCAGAUUGACAGCGCUACCUCUCAGCUCAACAGCUUGGACACCUCGAACGUUGACGCUACAACCUUGAGCAGCACCAUCGAAAACCUCAUCUCUUCUGUCGUGACCCCUGCUCAGAGUGCUGCCACCGCAUCCGGAAGCGAUGCCUCCGUCGUCAGCGCCCUCGGCGGUCUUGACAUCUCCCUCGGUGGCCUCUUGAACUCCCUCGGUAACCUCCUCGCUGAGAUCCUCAUCAUCGUCAAGCAGACUCUCGACACCCUCCUUAGCGGUCUUGCUGGUGUCCUCUCUGGCCUUAACUUUACCACUAUCCUUGGUUUUCUCGGUCUCUAA